ACUUAUUGCAUUGGAACAGGAGGAACAAAUGACUUGGAGUGCACAUUCACUUUCAGAUGCCCCUCAACGAACCUGCCACAGGUCUGAGGAAAAGCCAAAUUCAAGAGUAUGUCGAUUACUAUGGCGGAGCUGGCGUUCAACACAUUGCUUUGAAUACCCAGGACAUCAUCGCAUCUAUCCGAGUGCUGCGCGAGAGAGGAAUGGAGUUCUUGAGGGUCCCCGACACGUACUACACGGCAUUACGAGAAAAGUUAAAAACUUCCCCGGUGAAGAUCGUUGAGGAUAUGGAUAUCCUGCAGCAGCUCAGCAUUCUUGUAGAUUACGAUGACAAUGGAUACCUGCUCCAGAUCUUCACCAAGAACAUGCAGGACCGCCCGACGGUCUUCCUGGAAGUCAUCCAAAGACACAACCACUCCGGUUUCGGAGCUGGCAACUUCAAAGCUCUGUUUGAGGCAAUCGAGCUGGACCAGGCAGAGAGAGGGAAUCUGUAAAAGCAACCAACCACAGAAAGAUCUCGAAAGAUCUCGACUUCAAAUUCGCCUAUUUCGAUCCAGUUGUUAUGCUUUUUUAAAAAUCUCGAAUCGACAAAGAAGAGAAAAUGUGAAAUUCAGCAAUGUUUUGAGCGUUUGCAUUUGUAUAUGCUUUGGAUUAUCUGCUGGAAAUUUGCACGAGGAAUUCGUCAAUUUUGAUACAGGUGCUCUUUGUUGAUUAUCCCGCAGAUUUCUCAUAGACAACACAUAUUAUUCUAUUAAAAUUUGGUGCAGCACGAGGGUCCAAAAGUUUAAGUUUAGAGUAGUUGGAUAUUAUGAAAAAAAUACGUCACCACUUGUUAACAGCAGUCAAAACCAUACGGAGAUGUAUCAGUGUUUUCAGAAUCUUGCAACUUUUAGCGGUAUAACGAACCAAAGUUGCAAAGGACGCUUAUUUUGUUCGUAAUUUCCUAACUUCGUAAAAAUAGAUUUUUUCUUUUUUGUCAGAGGUACUGGUAAAAGGAUAUCAAAGUAUUUAGUUUAAUUUCCGAUUUUUUUCUGGCAAUAAAUGAAAAUUUAACCGUGGGAUAUAAUGUGUGAUUGUCUCAUUAGUUAAGAGAUGAAUAAUUCAAUCGAUACUUUCAUAUUUUAGAAAAAGUGGAUUGUUCACAGUUUUCUUUAUCGUGUCUCUUUGUUAUUAAGAUAUUAGCUAUUAUACUUAGUAAAUUUCAAAGUAUUUGUGCAUGCUAGUUCCUUUUGAAUGUUACUGUCAAAUGAUGGAAUCUAAGGGUGCUAAAGAUCUGUAGUAAAUCUAAUAUAAUAAACAGUAGUAUAUUUA